UAAAGCAAGUGUGGUUGGAACUUGCGGUUCAAUCUGCAUCCGUUUCCCUUCUUUAACAGCAACACCUUUUGUGUUCCUCUCUUCACUUUGUUCUUUCGAUUCAAUUAUUUUUGUUUCAGUAGCUGUGUACAGUGAAUCAAAACCAAACCUCAUCUCACCUCAUCUCGCCUCGCCUCGCCUCACAGGUUAUAACUGUGAAUAUUAAAAUCCAAGGAAGAAGAAAGAAGAUGAAGCACUGUGCCAUCCAAAACGUCGUCGCAUCAUGCGAAGAUAUGAACGGCAGAGACCCGGUGAUUUGCCCCAAGCCUCGUCGUGUCGGUCUCUUCAAUUUCGCCGUCACCGACCACCCUGCGAGAGCCCUCCGGUGGCAUCUCAGUUGCCAGGCUGAACCAUGUGAUUCAAAAUCAUCUGGCUCUAAUCCUUUGGAUACCAUUCUCACCAAGGAGGGUGAUUGUGAUAUAGAGCAAUCAUGUCCACUGGUAGCCUCGUCGCCCCCAUUUUUCUGCGGGUCACCGCCGAGCAGAGUAGCUAACCCAUUGAUUCAGGAUGCUAGAUUUGGGGAUGAGAAUUUCUCACCGCUUUCGCCGUCGUCGUGGGUGGUGAUUCCUUCCCCGUCGUCGGGUCUGCCACCGUCUCCGUCAUCCUCGGCAAGGAAAGGAGGUUGUGUGCGAUCCAAUUUUGGUAGCAAUCCGGCUGUGAGAGUCGAGGGUUUCGAUUGCCUUGACAGGGACAGGCGAAAUUGCAGCAUCCCUGCUCUUGCUUAGAAUAACAACAACCCCCACACACGUCUUGAGAUUAGAAUUAAAUUCACACCAUAAUUAUAACCCACACACAAGAAGAAUCUUGAUACCUACGGCAAAAGAGGAAUUUUUGGGUCUAUUGAGUCUCUCUGAAGAGGAACAGAUAAAAGUUUAUCUUGUGCCUGUUUUGUAAAUAUUGUCAGUUAAUCAACUAGUGUAUGUAAAUGUCAAUAGGGUGUCUUGUUUAGGAAUAUCGUCCGUUCCCUCAAAUAAUACGGUCAAGGUUACAGUUGAGGGUUAAUUUGGGUGUUAGAUUUCGCCCUGGCCCCUCUCUUAGUGUCUAAUGCCCCAUUCUCUUCUGUAAAGUAGAAUUAGUGUCUUAAGUCUUUAGAGGAUGGGAAUCUUUCUUUUUUAUUUUGUUUUUAAGGAUCUUUGAAUUGUA